AUGCUGAAUAUGGAAGUGAACAUUGACCCGUCGGAGCUGCAGCCGCUGGGGGAGUUUGACUUCGAGAAGAACUUCAAUCACCUGGCAGCCAGGAAAUGGAUGGAGGAGAAUUGGCAAAAGUCUUUUAUUUUUUCUAUUAUUUAUUUCAUCCUGAUCUUUGGAAUCCAGCACUUCAUGAAGGAACGGAGGCCCUUCAAUCUGCGGGUACCACUGGCCCUGUGGUCCUUCAGCCUGACUUUGUUCAGUUUCAUUGCAGCCUGGCGGAUCUGGAAGCAGAUGGCCUUCCUCCUUCUUACCAAGGGAUUUAAGCGUUCAGUAUGUAGUCAAUCUUUCUAUGUCCACCCUGUUUCCAAACUUUGGAUGUAUCUAUUUGCAAUCAGCAAACUUGUCGAAAUGGGUGACACUCUGUUCAUUGUUCUCCGGAAAAAGAAGCUCACCUUUGUCCACUGGUACCACCACUUGCUCUCGAUGGUUCUAUCCUGGUAUGGCUAUAAGAAUAUGUCAAUUGCUGUGGGGUGGAACGCAGCCUUGAACCUCGUUAUCCAUUCUGUGACGUACUUCUACUACACUGUGACAGCCAUGGGCAUCCGAGUACCCCGCUCCAUUGCCAUGCUAAUCACCACUGCACAGAUGGUGCAGAUGACAGGAUUUGUAAUAAUUAACAUCUUUGUCUUCUUCUGGAAGGAUGAUAAGCUCUGCCAAACUACCUGGUUAAUACUUUUCCUUUCAUUGGGCUUGUAUACCACUUUAUUGGCCCUCUUCUGCAACUUCUUUGCGAAAAGAUACCUGAGUGGCACCCAGAAAUCAAAGUGCAAUUAA